UUGGCAUUAUUGCAUGCCAUUUUGCGGUUCAAUUUUUCUUGUGGGUCUUCUUCUUCACAGUGACAUGUGUUGUCUGUACUUACUGGCUGCAUUUUAAAGGGAAGAAAUAGGUGGAAUGAGCAAUAUUCCAGCAAUAAGUCCUCACUCCAGAAACACAGCAAUUUUCCCAAUAUCUUUCUUUUCAUUUUUUUGAGGUGGGGUUUUGAUUUCUUCCAGGAUUUUGGGAUUUAUUUGUUUCUUUCUUUUUUACUUUCUUUAAAAUUCACUUGCUGGGUCGGUUGAGCAACAAGGUAUCAGCUGCUUCAGAAAAGGCUGGAACAGAGCAAGACCAGACCGACUUCUUUUCUAUUUUUCAGAAAUGAUUGGACCAGUAGCAAUAGCUUUGACUGUGGGUCUUCUUGGAUGGGCUUAUCAGGCACUAAAGCCUCCCCCUCCCAAAAUAUGUGGAUCGCCGGACGGUCCUCCUGUCACUUCUCCUAGAGUAAAACUCAGUGAUGGUAGGCAUUUGGCUUACAGGGAAUUUGGAGUUCCAAAAGAAGAGGCGAAACACAAGAUCAUCGUCAUUCAUGGCUUUUUAAGUUCCAAAGAUAUGAGUUUGCCUGUCACUCAAGAACUCAUAGAGGAGUUAAGGAUAUAUUUCCUGUUCUUCGACAGAGCUGGCUAUGGAGAGAGUGAUCCAUAUCCUUCACGUUCUGUGAAGAGCGAAGCUUUUGAUAUUCAAGAGCUAGCUGACAAGUUGCUGAUUGGGUCUAAAUUUUAUGUAAUCGGAAUCUCAAUGGGAGCUUACCCUGUUUGGAGUUGCUUGAAAUACAUACCACACAGAUUGUCUGGAGCUUCCCUGGUAGUUCCUUUCGUGAACUACUGGUGGCGUCACUUUCCUGCUGAUCUAUUAAGAGAAUCCCUUGGUAAGCUGCAGCUAUCAGACCAAUGGACAUUCCGAGUUGCACAUUACACUCCUUGGUUAUUGCAUUGGUGGAUGACCCAGAAAUGGUUCCCUUCACUAAGUAUCUUGGCUGGGAAUAACGCAAUUUUCUGCCCGAAAGAUUUAGAGAUGUUGCAGAAACUCUCAGAAACACCAACUAUUGGUCAGGAAAAGAUUAUGCAGCAAGGAGAGCAUGAAUCACUGUUCCGAGACAUACUGGCUGGUUAUGGAAAAUGGGAAUUCGACCCCUUGGAUCUCAGCAAUCCCUUCCCUGACAACGAGGGAUCAGUUCACAUUUGGCAAGGCUAUGAGGACAGGAUCAUUCCUUAUAAACUAAACCGUUAUAUUGCAGAGGAGCUUCCCUGGAUUCGUUACCACGAAGUUCCUGAUUUUGGGCAUUUUCUGAUGUUCGACAAGAAUCAAUGUGAAGCCGUUUUGAAGGCACUUUUGCUUGGAUUAUGAACUCCCUAAGUAGCUUGUAAGUUGCUCUGUAUGUAUCCAGAUUAAGUACCAUGAAGUUGAAGAUGGUGGUCGUCUGUUGAUUCAUGAGAAUGCUCUAUGUGAAGCCAUUUUCGAGGAACGUUUGCUCGGAGAAGAACCUUCUAUCAGAUAGUCCUAGCUCAACAGCAACAUUGAUUAUUGCUAGGAUUUUGCUAAGGCCAGUCAUUCAGACACGCACGCGCGAUUUUCUAACAAUUGAUUAAAUGUUAUCUACAACCCGAAUUUGCUCACGCGCUUGUGGGCACUUAGCUCUCUUUUAUAUGUGAACACGCCUAAAGAGAAGUUUCACCUGUAUUAGGAGGGCAAGGGCGCGGUUACUAUUCACUCUCAGUAGUACGCGCUUUGUGCAACUCCACCUAUUGGAUAAGGGGACUAUAUGUUUAAGUUUGUUUAAAUGUGAACUUUGUAAGUUUGUUUUUUGAAAAUAAAAAAUAUUGUCUA